AUGGGAGUAGCAUAUGUGAUCGCUGGUCGUAAAAUUGCAUCUCAAUAUGUAGUUGUAUUGGUUGCUUUUCUAACAAUCAGAAGAUCUAAGGCAAAAAGACCUGAUCUGUUUACUUCCAGUCCACCAAUCAAUGUGUCUUCAGUUGAAGAGGAAUUGUUCAUUAAAGAAUUUAUGAAAAGUGAAGAAGCCGAAGAAAAUAAAAAGGCUCAUAAUAAACGUGUUUUUCCUUAA